AUGGACAUGGACGUGGACAUGGACGUGGGCAGGAACGACAGGAACGACAGGAACGACAGGAACGACAGGGCCAACGGACGACGGACCACGGACCACGGGGACGAGGACGACAGCGGGCCAACGAGCGGGUCGAGGCCAGCCAGCUGUCCCCUCCCAGUGGCUGUGGCUGCCCCUGUGGAGACGCUGUGGGGACAAUACGGGUUGGGAAACUAUCACUGCGCCACGCCACCCCUGGAUUCCAGCGGAACCAGCUACAGCUCGGGGCCCAUUUGA